AUGUCUUCACUAAGUUUCAUGUUAGAAAACGGUUUGAAUCUAAGAGAUGUGGUUACAACUGGCUCUAUCCUGCACAUCAAUGAAGACCUUAAUGACGCCGAAAAUAUAUCUGAACAGGAUGGGUCCCGUUUGAAGCCUGUAGACGUAUUCGGAGAGCCAGUUGCCGAUUUUUCCGCCUUCACCAAAACUCUCUUGGCUGUUGAUGAACUUGGAUAUGUCAAAAAGAAGAUUCUAGAAGAAGGAGGAGGUUUACCUCUUCAUGAGGGUUGCACCGUCUCUUUUGCUUAUUCCUGCUACUUUGAAAAUCAGCCUUACCCAUAUGAUGUAGUGUUGAGUGAUAAACCCAUGGUUGAGGAUCUCAAUGACAAUGGAUUGUUACCUGGACUUCAGAUGGCUAUUAAGUCAAUGUUGGUUGGUGAAACAUCUGUGUUUCUUCUUUCGUACAAAGUUAUGUAUGGUGAAUUAGGAGUACCACCAAGAAUAAAGCCAAAAGCUGACUGUGUUGUUUAUAUAAAACUCAUAAAGAGUAUCUUGACUCCUAAGGAUGGUAAAAUAAAUUUCUCUGAACCUAAUAUGUUCCAAAGGGUGAAUCAUGAAGUCAAAUUGUUAUAUGCAUCAGGCAGUACCUUAUACAAUACAAACAAUUAUACAGGAGCCAUACAGUUGUUCAAGAAGAGUGUCAAUAUGCUUCAUAAGUGUCGUCUGGCCGAUGAACAAGAAGAACACCAAUAUGAAAAGAUGUUGAUAAAAUUGUACAUCAACUUAGCUAUUUGUUAUAACAAGAUAAACAAACCUUUAUUGGCAUGUACGGCAUGUAAUGAGCUCAAUAGAUUAAGAAGUUUGUAUAACAAUGGGAAAGUUCUAUUUCAAAAUGCUAAAGCCCUUAGAAUGAUUGGAGAAUAUGAUGCAGCAGAAAAAAAAUUGCUUCGAGCAAUAAAAAUAUCUGAAGAAAAUGAAAUGAUGAAGGCAGAAUACGAAAUAUUAAAGAAUUUAAAGCAAGCUCAAAAUGACACAAAGGCAGCUGCUGAACAAGUAAAGGACUUAGUAAAGGCUGCAGUAGAUCUUGUCAGUAAAGAGUUCAAAGCUGAAGUUGAUGAAUUGAUAAAGAAUUUUAAAUAUAGUCAUACAGAAGAUGAAUUAUUGCUGCCCAUUAACUUGAAUUCAGAUGAAAUGGACUAUGUUAAAAAUGCAUGCAUUAGAGAAAAUUUGUUUUGCAAAAAACUUGAAAUAGAUACAGUAAACAAGGAUUUUGAAGAAGGCUUGAAAGAGUUACACAGUAAAAUGAAGAUGAAAAUUUGCAAAAAUUCAUAA